AAAAGUUUUGGUUGCGGAAAAGUACAAUAACAUUACAGUGCAUGCUCUCAGGCACAGUAGCAGCUGCAGAGCAUUUUUUUCCUUCCAACCUGUACGUUGUCAGGAUCAGCCAACCAGCCAGCACACUGGGAGGAAAAAGUAGGCUACUCUUGUGCUUUUUGAAGUGGCAUCUGAUCCUGCCUUCAUCAUAACCAAAGACCCUCUGUAACGUGCCGGAGGAAAUGUCAGACCCAAGUGUGGAUCUCACCAACAAGCCCUUUGCGGCUCAGUUGUCCAAUGUAUACUUCAGCAUCUUGGCACUUUUCUGCUUUAAGCUUUUUGUUAAGAUCUCUCUCAACUUGCUGGCAUACUUCUACAUAAUCCGUGGGAACCGUAAAGAGGCUGCUAGGAUAUCAAAAGAGUUCUAUGAUUAUGGUCAACGGCAGGGAUCCUGGGCAGACCGCUCACCCUUACAUGAUGCUGCGUGUCAGGGUCGACUCCUGGCUCUGAGGACCCUCAUUUUACAGGGUCACAAUGUGAAUGUUCUGACCAUAGACCAUGUGACACCUCUUCAUGAGGCCUGUGUUGGAGACCAUGCUGCUUGUGUCAGAGCGCUCAUUGAUGCAGGGGCAAAUGUCAAUGCUUCUACAAUUGAUGGAGUCACCCCUCUGUUCAACGCCUGCACCGUGGGCAGCGUGCCAUGCACUGAAAUUCUUUUAGAAAAUGGAGCAAAACCGCAGGGCCUUGUAUACCAUCCAUCAGCCAUCCAUGAAGCCACCAGCAAAGGUCAUUACGGCUGUGUGGAGGCCCUGGUGACUUGGGGGGCAGAUGUGGACAUGGACAUUCCUCACCUGGGCACAGCGCUCUAUACGGCCUGCGUCUGCCAAGAGCUGGAGUGUGCCAGGAAACUCCUGAGGGAAGGUGCAAAUGUACAGAAAGGGAAAUCUUUGGACUCACCUUUACAUGCAGCUGCAGAAAAAGACUGCACAGCUAUAGUGAAGCUACUGCUGGAUUUUGGUGCAGACAUUAAUGCAAGGAACACAGAGUUUCAGAGGCCAGUAGACGUGGCUCCACCCAGCAGUAUAACAGAAGGCUUUCUACUGGUCUAUGAAGCUACACCACGACUGCUGAGCCAGCUGUGUCGUCAGUGCAUCAGGAGCUGCGUCGGCCGUGACAGACUCCACCUCAUCUCCCACCUUCCCCUGCCCACCAGGCUCAGGCGCUACCUGCAGUACCAAUGACACAGUGUCGGCUUAAAUGAGCCUUACAGACAAAACUUCAACACAAAGAGAGAAUGAACUCCAGAAACUCUUCCUACCUUUAAUGUUCAACACCAGUCAAUGCAGGAAAAGCAAUUAAGUGGAAUUAGUCACAGAGUAGUCACACCAAGUACCUGACAGUAACAAGCUGAGUGGAGAUGGUUUGUCUCACAUGUGUCACUGUGGAGGAAUGUCAAACAGGAGUUUCUAAAAGAGAACUUGCAGGCUUAGCCUUCCCCAGAUAAAUGAUAGUGAAACAAGUGUAAUAAUAAAGCGACACUUUAAUUCAGGUUUGCUGUAUUUAGAAAACGCUUUAGCUUUACGAUAACUGCUAGAGAGUGAUACACUUUGAAAACUUUACAAAAAGAUUGUGAUUGUAUGCAUACGUGCACAAAAUAUGUGAAUGAAUGUUCAUUGUUUGCAUUUGACAUUCACUGAUACUUUGCACAAGA